CGCUGGAGUGGAGCGGCCUCUAGGACGAGCUGGAGGAUACUGCCUACGUCUAACAGAGCCUUUGCGUCGUCCGGGGCCGCCAUUGCAAUCCACAUCCAUCCGCUUGGAAAUGGCCUUCGUCUCGGCCUAUGACUGGUCCCUGUGGACAGUGCAGACCCCAUAGAAGCCCCCGAAGCUCCCCUUUUUCGGGCCCCGCCCAGUCCUCGGAGUCUGUCCACCCCCUGUACUCCGCCCUCAAGAGGAUUUCAAAGAUGGAGGCGGCGGCUCCCUAAACCACUUUUCGUGUUCAUCCACCUCCAUCCGGGAUUGAAACAGGACCUCGUCCGCUCCGGACGGUCCCGACCAGAAGCGGGAACCCCUGCAGAUCAACAACGGGCUGUAUUGACGACGGUGUUUGCGGUCUGGGACCGUCUUUGGGUUUGAAGAGUUCGUUCCCCCUGACUCGCUCGCCCGUCUCAGCCGAGGCCGCCGCCAUUUUCUUGCUGUCCGUCGUCUGCGGAGCGCGCCAAGCUGCCGGGAGCUCUCCGAGAGGCAGCGGAGGAGAUUGUUUUCGUGCCGGCCGAGCGAGGGCUUUGUCGCCUGGAGGGCCAGGGGCAACGGGCCUCCCCCCACUUCCCGGGUUAUGUUGGACCGGGUGGUGAGGGGAACCGAGGCCACCCGGACUUUCCGCGUCUGAAGGCAGCGCCGGUUCCCCGCGGUCAAGAUGCUGCAAAACGUGACUCCCCACAAGCUCCCUGGGGAAGGGAAUGCAGGGUUACUGGGGCUGGGACCAGAGGCGGCAGCACCAGGGAAAAGGAUUCGAAAGCCCUCUCUGUUGUACGAGGGAUUUGAGAGCCCCACGAUGGCUUCAGUGCCCGCUUUGCAACUGACUCCUGCCAACCCACCGCCCCCAGAGGUAUCCAAUCCCAAAAAGCCGGGACGGGUUACCAACCAGCUGCAAUACCUACACAAGGUGGUGAUGAAGGCUCUGUGGAAACAUCAGUUUGCAUGGCCAUUCCGGCAGCCUGUGGAUGCUGUCAAACUGGGCUUGCCGGAUUAUCACAAAAUUAUAAAACAGCCUAUGGACAUGGGUACUAUUAAGAGGAGACUUGAGAACAAUUACUAUUGGGCUGCCUCAGAGUGUAUGCAGGAUUUUAACACCAUGUUCACCAACUGUUACAUUUAUAACAAGCCCACUGAUGAUAUUGUCCUGAUGGCACAAACACUGGAAAAGAUCUUUCUACAGAAGGUGGCAUCAAUGCCACAAGAGGAACAAGAGCUUGUGGUGACCAUCCCUAAAAACAGCCACAAGAAGGGGGCCAAGUUGGCAGCACUCCAGGGCAGUAUUACCAGUGCCCACCAGGUGCCUGCUGUUUCUUCUGUGUCACAAACAGCUCUGUAUACUCCACCACCUGAGAUACCUACCACUGUCCUGAACAUUCCCCAUCCAUCAGUCAUCUCUUCUCCCCUUCUCAAGACCCUGCAUUCUGCUGGACCCCCACUCCUUGCUGUUUCUGCAGCUCCCCCAGCCCAGCCCCUUGCCAAGAAAAAAGGGGUAAAGCGGAAAGCAGAUACUACCACACCUACACCUACAGCCAUCCUUGCUCCUGGUUCCCCAGCUAGCCCUCCAGGGGGUCUUGAGCCUAAGGCAGCACGGCUUCCCCCUAUGCGCAGAGAGAGUGGCCGCCCCAUCAAGCCCCCACGCAAAGACUUGCCUGACUCUCAGCAACAACACCAGAGCUCUAAGAAAGGAAAGCUAUCAGAACAGUUAAAACAUUGUAAUGGCAUUUUGAAGGAGUUACUUUCUAAGAAGCAUGCUGCCUAUGCCUGGCCUUUCUAUAAACCAGUGGAUGCUUCUGCUCUUGGCCUGCAUGACUACCAUGACAUCAUUAAGCACCCCAUGGACCUCAGCACUGUCAAGCGGAAGAUGGAGAAUCGUGAUUACCGUGAUGCACAGGAGUUUGCUGCUGAUGUGCGGCUUAUGUUCUCCAACUGCUAUAAGUACAAUCCCCCAGACCACGAUGUUGUGGCCAUGGCCCGAAAGCUACAGGAUGUAUUUGAGUUCCGCUAUGCCAAGAUGCCAGAUGAGCCACUGGAACCAGGACCUUUACCAGUCUCUACUGCCUUGCCUCCUGGCCUGGCCAAAUCAUCUUCAGAGUCCUCCAGUGAAGAAAGUAGCAGUGAGAGCUCCUCUGAGGAAGAGGAGGAGGAUGAGGAGGAUGAGGAAGAAGAAGAGAGUGAAAGCUCAGACUCAGAGGAGGAAAGGGCUCAUCGCUUGGCAGAACUACAGGAACAGCUUAGGGCAGUACAUGAACAACUGGCUGCCCUGUCCCAGGGUCCAAUAUCCAAGCCCAAGAGGAAGAGAGAGAAAAAGGAGAAGAAGAAGAAACGGAAGGCAGAGAAGCAUCGAGGCCGAGCUGGGGUUGAGGAAGAUGACAAGGGGCCUCGGGCACCCCGCCCAACUCAGCCCAAGAAGUCCAAGAAAGCGAGUGGCAGUGGAGGUGGAAGUGCUGCUACACUAGGUCCUCCUGGCUUUGGACCUUCUGGAGGAAAUGGCACCAAGCUCCCCAAAAAGGCCACGAAGACAGCCCCACCUGCCUUACCUGCAGGUUAUGAUUCAGAGGAGGAGGAAGAGAGCCGGCCCAUGAGUUAUGAUGAGAAGCGGCAGUUGAGUCUGGACAUUAACAAAUUACCUGGGGAGAAGCUAGGUCGAGUUGUGCAUAUAAUCCAAGCCAGGGAGCCCUCUUUACGUGACUCAAACCCAGAAGAGAUUGAGAUUGAUUUUGAAACGCUCAAACCAUCCACACUUAGAGAGCUUGAACGCUACGUCCUAUCUUGCCUACGAAAGAAACCCCGGAAGCCCUACACCAUUAAGAAACCUGUGGGAAAGACAAAGGAGGAACUGGCUUUGGAGAAGAAGCGAGAAUUAGAAAAGCGGUUACAAGAUGUCAGCGGGCAGCUCAAUUCCACCAAAAAGCCCCCCAAGAAAGUGAAUGAGAAAACAGAAUCAUCCUCUGCACAGCAAGUAGCAGUGUCACGCCUCAGUGCUUCCAGUUCCAGCUCAGAUUCCAGCUCCUCCUCUUCAUCUUCCUCCUCUUCAGACACCAGUGAUUCAGACUCAGGCUAAGAGGCCAGGCCAGCUGGGGCAGGAAGGCUCCGCAGGACCGGACCCGUAGACCACCCUGCCCCCCCUUCACACACACAAACACACACACACAUACACCCGCCCCUUGCUGUGAUACUUCAUCUCACUCUCCCCCCUCUGUAGGAGAGCUGGCUCUGCAGGGGGUAGAGAUGCAGGGACAUUUACUGAAGGAGAGACUUGGACAAAAUAAGAUUUGAGUUCCCAUCCCCAUUGGGAGUGACCUCUAGGGCACAGAGCCCCGCUAUUCAAAAUGACUGAGGUGGGGCAGGGACACAAGGUGGGGGUGGGCAAGGGCCCUGAUAAUGGGGUUACCUGAGGCCAUAGCUGUCCUGUUCACUUCUAAGGGCCUUGUUUUGAAGUUGGUGGUUCUAAUUUAUUUUAAGCUAGGUAAGGCUGGGGGGUGGGGCCUUGGUCCUCUCAGCCUCCAUGGGAAGGGAAGAAAGGGGAACUUUUUUUACGUUGUCUUUUUUUUUUCUACUGUUUUCCUUUUUUCCUUCCGCUCCAUUUGGAGCCUUGGGGGUUUCAGUCAUCUCCCCAUUUGGUCCCCUGGACUGUCUUUCUUUGUCUGUUGAUUCUAACUUGUAAAUAAAGAAAAUAUUAUUCAA